AUAUUUUAAAAAUUCAAUUGGGGGAUUGUGUGUCCCUCUCUCUUUCUCUAUUUCUUAAACGCAACACAUUGCGUGCCUCCUUCUGAAACCAAAUACUUUAUUCUAUCAACUAUGGCUUACUUAGAUCCGAUCUCUCCAUCCCUAACCAUCUUCAAGAACCCACAACUCACCAGAUUCCAAAUCGCCAUUUCCCCACCAAACCCACUACUUCUCUCUCGCCCUGGGAUUCAGAAUCUAAGGAUGUCCAUGAACAAGAGGUCGGUGGUGAUUGCAUCAUCUACGACGGCGGCAUCAGAGAAGCAGAAAAAGAGGUAUCCAGGAGAAUCGAAAGGGUUUGUGGAGGAGAUGAGGUUUGUGGCAAUGAAACUUCACACGAAAGAGCAAGCCAAGGAAGGAGAGAAAGAGACCAAAUCUCCAGAAGAGCGUCCUGUCUCUCUAUGGGAACCCACUGUCGAUGGUUACUUGAGGUUUUUGGUGGAUACUAAAUUGGUUUAUGACACGCUUGAAGAAGAAGCCACUUCCCCUACUUAUGCUGAAUUCAAGAACACAGGAUUGGAAAGGUCAGAGAAACUAGCCAUUGAUUUGGAGUGGUUCAAGGAACAAGGUUACGAGAUUCCAAAACCAACUGCACUUGGUAAAACAUACUCUCAGUAUCUAAAGGAUUUAGCAGAAAAGGAUCCUCAAGCAUUCAUUUGUCACUUCUACAACAUCUACUUCGCCCACAGUGCCGGCGGCCGAAUGAUUGGGAGAAAGGUAGCGGAGAGAAUACUCGAAGGUAGAGAACUUGAGUUCUACAAGUGGGACGGCGAGCUUUCCCAGUUGUUGCAGAACGUGAGGGAAAAACUGAAUAAAGUUGCCGAGGAGUGGACAAGAGAAGAAAAGAAUCAUUGUCUGGAAGAGACCGAUAAAUCAUUCAAGUAUUCUGGUGAGAUACUUCGUCUCAUAUUGUCCUGAUUUGAUUCUCACUCUCUCUUGAAAAUCCUGCUCAAGUGUUUAUAUUCCUUUGUUAUAACUAAUAUAUGUAUCUCUUUUGUUUGUAAUUAAACUCUUUGUUUCAGACC